ACGAUGAAGUUGCUGCCGGCUUGGAUCUGACACCGCUCCGUGUUUUCAUUUUAUACUCUAGUCUACAUGAGUAGCUUAUCGGCGCAACUAAUAACCCUUGGCUAUUACUUUGUUUAUACAAAAAAGUUGGAAUUAAAACAGUUUUUAACUGCAGGUUUAAAAUGAAUGAAUUUUAAUGUAAAUAACACGUAUAUAGUAAACUAGGUAUUAUGACUUAUGUUGCUAACUAGCUGGUUCUACUUUAGUAUGCUCUGGGGAUGGACAUUUGAUAUGAAGUUAUUUGUUUUCGGCAUUGUGUGUGCGUUUCUGCAAGUCAGUUGCCAAAAUCCUACAAGCCACUGGACUCUGCUGCCCCACACUUUGGUUGUGGAGGUGGACGGCACUUUGGGCCAGCAGCCCCUGAGCUGCCUGGAGUCGCCAGAGGAGCUUACGAGGAGAGACAUUAAGAGUCAGGAUAUUUUUUGGAGGAAGAAUGGAGUACAGGAAGCGCAGAGAGGAAACUCAUAUCUGGUGCAGCUGGAGGAAAGCUUAGGAGGGGGCAACUACACCUGCCACAGCGAGGACGGAUCACUCCUCAAUCAUACUGUGAUCCUGAUCCAAGAGGAAGAAACUAAGAGGAGGAAGAUUCUUGUGAAAUCUGACCAAGAAGAUUAUUUAAAGUGCUCGGCUCAAAAUUACAACGGAGAGUUCCACUGCUCUUGGACCUGGCACAGCAGACGUGUUGGCAAAGUAGCAUUCAUCAAAGCUCGACGUGUCACUGACAGCAAUGACAUUCAGUGCUCUGUGGAUACCAGUGGUCAGCGUUGGACAUGCUCUUCAGGUCAGAGACACUUUGGCUGUUCAGUGGACGACAGCGGACACAGGAUCUUGUGCUUGGACAAGCAGCACUGCCCCUAUACUGAGGAGAGUCAACAGAUCCACAUCAGUGUCUACGAAACUGAGCACUUCCUAGUGGAAAACUACUCGAAACACUUUUACCUGUCAGAGAUAGUGAAACCUGACAAGGUGAUGAUCAGUACAGUCAACACUACGAUGAUAGAGUGGAGUUACCCAAGAUCCUGGAGCAGUCCCUUCUCCUACUUCCCCCUCACUUUCCAGAUUGCACAGCUGAAGAAGGGAUGUGAAAAGUGUGACAACCCGUGCACUGACUCAAAAGCCACAAAGAUCUUGACAGUCCACUCUACAGACAUUUGUCAGUUUGAAGUCAAGCGCAAGACUAAGGCCGUCUGUGUCCGAGCCAAGGAUGCUCUCUGUAACUCACCGUGGAGCGAGUGGAGCCACAUAAGACUGAAGAACAAGAAGAAGAAAAACAACAGACAUCGUAAAAACAAACAAUGAGCAUAACAGAAGAAACACAAUCCCAAAACUGGACAUCUCGAUUUACUUAAAAGCUUUUUAUAUAUUUAUAUAAUAUUGUAUCAAGGUGUUUGUAAUAUGUAACUAUUCCUAAUGAUAAGUGAACAAAUAAAAUGAGAUUUAAAAGGUU